AAUAAAAAGAAAAGAGAUUAUUCUAUAUUAAAAAUCUGACAUAAUUUUAAAACUGAAUAUCCGAAAAUUAAGCUCAAUUAAACUUUUCGAUUAGUUCAGAAAAUUUAACCUGAGUUUUUAUAGAAUAUUAUAUAGAUAUUGUAUUUAAAUUAUAAAAAGACAUCUACACUGGGAUAUAAUGGGUCAAGAUAAAAUAAAAAGUCCACCAAAAAUUCUGGAUGAAACAUUAAACUUUACUAAAUCUGAUAGUAUUCAAAAUAUUUCUACUAAGAGUGAACAAAGUGAUAAAAAAUAUGUAUGUAAACAUACUGGAUGUAAUGCAGCUUAUUUUAAGCAGUCUCGAUUAGACAGACACAUAAGAUUACAUACAGGAGAAAGGCCUUAUAAAUGUGAUUAUCCUGAAUGUAUCAAAGCUUAUACUAAUUCUAGUCAUUUGAAAAGACAUAUGGAAGUGCAUAAUCCUACAAAGAAAAGAUUACAAUGUAGCAAAUGUUCUCUAAUGAUCAGUAAUUAUCAUAAUCUAAAACGUCAUUAUACACGUGUACAUAAUAAUGAUAACAUUUUAACAUGUAAUGAGUGUAAUGCAGUAUUUAGUAAAAAGCAUCAAUUAGUUCAGCAUAUUGCUGUACAUUUUGAUGUGACUUCAUACAAAUGCAGUAAAUGUAAUAAAGGGUACUUAAAUAUAAAACGAUUGAAACGUCAUGAAACAAUGCACGAAAAAGGACAGAAAAGUUAUCCUUGUCAAAUUGUACAAUGUUCUGAAGUUUUUGAUAAAUGGGCUUUACUUUGUAAACAUAAAAAAACACACCAUAUUAAUGAUUAUAAAUGCGAUCAAUGUGAGAAAGCAUUUUCAACUAAAACUCGUUUAAAAAUCCAUUCCAAAAUUCAUGAAAAAUCUAGAAUUCUAAUACCUUGUCCAUAUGAAGAUUGUGAAAGAUCGUAUUUGUUUGAAUCUAAUUUGAAAAAUCACAUAAAAACUUGUCACUUAGGUCAGAGAUUUAUUUGUGAUAUAUGUAAAGCAGGGUUAUCAUCAAAACAAAAAUUAAUAGAACAUAAGCGAAUACACGAAAGUAAAACAAAGAAAAGAAUACCUAAACAAUCUCAACGUAAAAAAAGAAAAGAUGCUGGCAUACCUAGAAAGAGUAUGGUAACAACUCUGGCUGGAAUAGUAUUUACUCAUCAAGUAGAAAAGGAACUCUUGGAAAGGGAAACUAAUAUUGUCGAUGAUUCCUGCAUAGAUGCAAGUUGAGAUAUAUAAUAGUAAGAAAAUAAUGUGUGAUAAUAAAAAAUGACAACUUUUUAAAUAAAUCGUUGUUACAUCAACA